UCUUCUAUACGACAACAGGCGGAAAGUAACGGCUCUAAUUGAAGGAUACAAAUUAUUUAAGGACUCGUAUUAAAUAAUGGGGAAAAUAUUUUACACACUAGCGACAAUUGGCUUCUUAGUCGCUUUAUGUCACGCUGAACCACCUCGUCAGCGCCUACGUUUCCCAGGCCCGGCCAAUAAUCGGCCACUGCCAUUCUUAGCGCGACAAGAGUCACUACCAUCAGUACCAGUAGAUGCAGCACCCUAUCCGCCGGCAGGUUUGAAGCCGGAACCCGCAUUUGAAUUGCCAGAACCAACUUAUGGACCACCAGAAUUAACAUAUGGCCCACCGGACCAGACAUAUGGACCCCCAGACCAGACAUAUGGACCACCAGAGGAGACAUAUGGACCACCAGACGAGACAUAUGGACCACCCGCUGAGGAACCUUUACCCGAGCCUGCACCUUCUUACGGACCACCACCAGCUGCACCUGCCGCCACUUAUGGACCGCCGGGUACCCCAGCUGAUGAGUAUGGCCCACCACCACCACCAGCCGUCGCGGAUGUGCCACAAACUGCAUCCAUCAUAGAUCCUCGUGCGGUGUACUCACAAACCGUUUUCACGCUGCCACGUGUUGAACGUUUAGUAGCUUUUCGUCCAAGACGACGUCCAGCUCCAGCUAAGCUCCGACGUCCAGGUCCUCUACCGAAACCGGCAAAAUUAACUCGCCCACGACCCCAAUCACAAGCUCAAGUACAACCCGCCAAGUUGGUUUUACAUUUUCAUCAUUAAGUAAUUUAUACGAAAUCCCCGCUCUGACUUCUUGAGCAGAGUGGGUGUAUUACUGUUAUUCAAUUUGUUGUAUCUUAGCACAGGAAUAAGUAAGUUACAAACCUUUCGUUGUAUUUUUAAGAAAAUGUUAUUUUGUUAUACACAAAUUAAAAUAAAUAUAAAUUUUUUAACCGAAAGCA